CUGACAUGAGAGACAUGGGGUGGGGCACAGGUAAAAGUCUAAAUAUUUUAAACAGGAUCCAUUUUGUGACUACAAGAAUUGGUAAAGCAGAUUCUCAAACUGAAAAGCAGACUUUAAAGUCUACAGGUCUGGCUUCAAAAUACUUCUACUAAUCAGACCCUGAAGAGGAACGUUCUGUAUUUUAGAGAGUGGAGGGAGAGAGGGGGGUGGUACUGCCUCUAAAAUGAGUCCCCCUAGGGAGAGAGAGGAGGGGGUUCCUGCCUCUAAAAUGAGUCUCUCUGGGGAACAUGACAUGGACACCAAAGCUAAGAGCCCAAUCCAGCAGGAGAGACCAGCCUCACCUGUACCCAGCUGUGUGUCCAUGAAGAGUGACAAGUCCAUGGAUCCACCUCCCUUCUUCAGUGAUGGAGGAGGACCUUCUAAUGAGGAAGGAGAUCAACAGAAGUCAGACCAGAGUCACCAUGACGACUUGUCUUCUAUAUUCACAGUGCUUGAGGAGACUGUCAUCAGGUUUGUGAAGGAAGAGCUGAAGAGGAUGAAGAGGAUUCUGAGUCUGAGUCAGAGGGAGGACCAGGAAGUGGUGGACCCUGAAUAUCAGAAGCAGGAGAGCAGUGCCAGAGAGGGAGCUCUGAAGAUCACACUGCACAUCCUGAGGAACAUGAACCACAAGGAGCUGGCUGACACUCUGGAGGAAAGAGAGCUUUCUCAUAGACUCUCACGUAAACUCAAAUCUAAAGUGAAGAAGAAGUUUCAGACUGUCUUUGAGGGCAUAGCUCAACAAGGAAACCCAACUCUUCUCAAUGAAAUCUACACAGACGUCUACAUCACAGAGGGUGACAGUGCAGAGGUCAAUAAAGAACAUGAGGUGAGACAGAUUGAGACAGCAUCCAGGAAAUCAGCAAGACCAGAGACAGCCAUCACAUGCAACAACAUCUUUAAACCCUUAGCUGGACAAGAUACACCUAUCAGAAUUGUUCUGACAAAAGGAGUUGCUGGCAUCGGAAAAACUGUCUCUGUGCAGAAGUUCAUCACGGACUGGGCUGAGGGACUAGCCAAUCAGGAAAUCCAGUUCAUCUUUCCUCUGCCGUUUCGAGAGCUGAAUUUGUUGGAUGGAAAAGAGUUCAGUCUGAUGGAACUUGUCCAUCACUUCUUCUCAGAAACCAGACAAUCAGGAAUCUCCAUCUAUGACAAGUACAACGUUCUGUUUGUCUUUGACGGUCUGGAUGAGUGUCGACUGCCCUUAGCCUUCAAAAAGAACAAGAGCUGGUGUGAUGUCACAGAGUCCACCUCAGUGGAUGUGCUGCUGACCAAUCUGAUCAAAGGAAACCUGCUUCCCUCUGCUCUCAUCUGGAUCACCACUCGACCUGCAGCAGCCAAUCAGAUCCCUUCAGAGUGUGUUAAUCUGGUGACAGAGGUACGAGGGUUCAAUGACCCACAGAAGGAUGAGUACAUCAUGAAGAGAUGCAGUGAUAAGAAGCUGGCCAGGAGAAUCAUCUCACACAUCAAGACAUCAAGGACUCUCUACAUCAUGUGCCACAUUCCAGUCUUCUCCCUAAUGUGUGUGACAGUCCUGGAGCACAUGCUGAGAACAGAGAAGAAAGAGAAGAUGCCCAAGACCCUGACUGAGAUGUACACAGCCUUCCUGGUGUUACAGACCAAACAGAAGAAGGUGAAGUAUCAUGGGAAAACUGAGACAGAUCCACACUGGGAUGAAGACAGCAUUAAGAGCAUUCUGUCACUGGGAAAACUGGCCUUUCACCAGCUGGACAAAGGCAACCUGAUUUUCUAUGAGAAAGACCUGACAGAGUGUGGCAUUGAUGUCCAUGAUGCCUCAGUGUACUCAGGAGUGUUCACACAGAUCUUCAGACAGGAUGGUAAAGUCUUCCAGGAGAAGGUGUUCUGCUUUGUCCAUCUGAGCUUUCAGGAGUUUCUGGCUGCUGUGUUCGUACUUCUCUCAUUCAUCAACAACAAUGAGAAUCUGAUGUCUCAGUCCACCUCAGACACAUCUGACGUCCACCUCUACAAGAGUGCUGUGGACAAGGCCUUGCAGAGUAAGAAUGGACACCUGGACCUUUUCCUCCGCUUCUUCCUGGGUCUCUCAAUGGAGUCCAAUCAGACUGACUUACGAGGCCUACUGACUCAUACAGGAAGCAACACACAGAGCCAUGAGGAAACAGUCAAGUACAUCAAGGAGAAGAUCAGAAAGAAUCCCUCUCCAGAGAGAUGCAUGAAUCUGUUCCACUGUCUGAAUGAACUGAAUGACCAUUCUCUGGUGGAGGAGAUCCAACAGUACCUGAGCUCAGGAAGUAUCUCCAGUGUGGAGCUCUCAUCUACACAGAGGUCAGCUCUGUUCUUUGUGUUGCUGACUUCAGAAGAGAAGAUGGACGUGUUUGACCUGAAGAUAUACUCCAGAUCAGAGGAAGGUCUUCUGAGGCUGCUGCCGGUGGUCAAAGACUCCAAAACUGCUCUGCUGAAUGACUGUAACCUCUCAGAACGGUGCUGUGAAGCGCUGGCCUCAGCUCUCCCCUCCUCAGAGCUUACAGAGCUGGACAUGAGUUACAACGACCUGGGGGAUUCAGGCAUGAAGCUGCUCUCUGCUGGACUGGCGAAUCCACUCUGCAAACUGGAGACACUGAGGCUGUCAGGCUGUCACAUCACAGAGGAAGGCUGUGCUUCUCUGGGCUCCGUGCUGAAGUCAACCUCGUUCCUGAGACAACUAGAUCUAAGUAACAAUGAUCUGAAGGAUGCCGGCAUGAAGCUGCUCUCUGCUGGACUGGGGAACCCACUCUGCAAACUGGAGACACUGAGGCUGUCAGGCUGUCACAUCACAGAGGAAGACUGUGCAUCUCUGGGCUCCGUGCUGAAGUCAACCUCCUUCCUGAGACAACUAGAUCUAAGUAACAAUGAUCUGAAGGAUGCCGGAACGUUCUGUAUUUUAGAGAGUGGACGGAGAGAGGGGGGUGGUACUGCCUCUAAAAUGAGUCCCCCUAGGGAGAGAGAGGAGGGGGUUCCUGCCUCUAAAAUGAGUCUCUCUGGGGAACAUGACAUGGACACCAAAGCUAAGAGCCCAAUCCAGCAGGAGAGACCAGCCUCACCUGUACCCAGCUGUGUGUCCAUGAAGAGUGACAAGUCCAUGAAUCUACCUCUCUUCUUCAGUGAUGGAGGAGGACCUUCUAAUGAGGAAGGGAUCAAACGGCAGAGACCAGCCUCACCUGUACCCAGCUGUGUGUCCAUGAAGAGUGACUGGUCCAUGGAUCCACCUCCCUCCUUCAGUGAUGGAGGAGGACCUUCUAAUGAGGAAGGAGAUCAACAGAAGUCAGACCAGAGUCACCAUGACAACUUGUCUUCUAUAUUCACAGUGCUUGAGGAGACUUUCAUCAGGUUUGUGAAGGAAGAGCUGAAGAGGAUGAAGAGGAUUCUGAGUCUGAGUCAGAGGGAGGACCAGGAAGUGGUGGACCCUGAAUAUCAGAAGCAGGAGAGCAGUGCCAGAGAGGGAGCUCUGAAGAUCACACUGCACUUCCUGAGGAACAUGAACCACAAGGAGCUGGCUGACACUCUGGAGGAAAGAGAGCUUUCUCAUAGACUCUCACGUAAACUCAAAUCUAAAGUGAAGAAGAAGUUUCAGACUGUCUUUGAGGGCAUAGCUCAACAAGGAAACCCAACUCUUCUCAAUGAAAUCUACACAGACGUCUACAUCACAGAGGGUGACAGUGCAGAGGUCAAUAAAGAACAUGAGGUGAGACAGAUUGAGACAGCAUCCAGGAAAUCAGCAAGACCAGAGACAGCCAUCACAUGCAACAACAUCUUUAAACCCUUAGCUGGACAAGAUACACCUAUCAGAAUUGUUCUGACAAAAGGAGUUGCUGGCAUCGGAAAAACUGUCUCUGUGCAGAAGUUCAUCACGGACUGGGCUGAGGGACUAGCCAAUCAGGAAAUCCAGUUCAUCUUUCCUCUGCCGUUUCGAGAGCUGAAUUUGUUGGAUGGAAAAGAGUUCAGUCUGAUGGAACUUGUCCAUCACUUCUUCUCAGAAACCAGACAAUCAGGAAUCUCCAUCUAUGACAAGUACAACGUUCUGUUUGUCUUUGACGGUCUGGAUGAGUGUCGACUGCCCUUAGCCUUCAAAAAGAACAAGAGCUGGUGUGAUGUCACAGAGUCCACCUCAGUGGAUGUGCUGCUGACCAAUCUGAUCAAAGGAAACCUGCUUCCCUCUGCUCUCAUCUGGAUCACCACUCGACCUGCAGCAGCCAAUCAGAUCCCUUCAGAGUGUGUUAAUCUGGUGACAGAGGUACGAGGGUUCAAUGACCCACAGAAGGAUGAGUACAUCAUGAAGAGAUGCAGUGAUAAGAAGCUGGCCAGGAGAAUCAUCUCACACAUCAAGACAUCAAGGACUCUCUACAUCAUGUGCCACAUUCCAGUCUUCUCCCUAAUGUGUGUGACAGUCCUGGAGCACAUGCUGAGAACAGAGAAGAAAGAGAAGAUGCCCAAGACCCUGACUGAGAUGUACACAGCCUUCCUGGUGUUACAGACCAAACAGAAGAAGGUGAAGUAUCAUGGGAAAACUGAGACAGAUCCACACUGGGAUGAAGACAGCAUUAAGAGCAUUCUGUCACUGGGAAAACUGGCCUUUCACCAGCUGGACAAAGGCAACCUGAUUUUCUAUGAGAAAGACCUGACAGAGUGUGGCAUUGAUGUCCAUGAUGCCUCAGUGUACUCAGGAGUGUUCACACAGAUCUUCAGACAGGAUGGUAAAGUCUUCCAGGAGAAGGUGUUCUGCUUUGUCCAUCUGAGCUUUCAGGAGUUUCUGGCUGCUGUGUUCGUACUUCUCUCAUUCAUCAACAACAAUGAGAAUCUGAUGUCUCAGUCCACCUCAGACACAUCUGACGUCCACCUCUACAAGAGUGCUGUGGACAAGGCCUUGCAGAGUAAGAAUGGACACCUGGACCUUUUCCUCCGCUUCUUCCUGGGUCUCUCAAUGGAGUCCAAUCAGACUGACUUACGAGGCCUACUGACUCAUACAGGAAGCAACACACAGAGCCAUGAGGAAACAGUCAAGUACAUCAAGGAGAAGAUCAGAAAGAAUCCCUCUCCAGAGAGAUGCAUGAAUCUGUUCCACUGUCUGAAUGAACUGAAUGACCAUUCUCUGGUGGAGGAGAUCCAACAGUACCUGAGCUCAGGAAGUAUCUCCAGUGUGGAGCUCUCAUCUACACAGAGGUCAGCUCUGUUCUUUGUGUUGCUGACUUCAGAAGAGAAGAUGGACGUGUUUGACCUGAAGAUAUACUCCAGAUCAGAGGAAGGUCUUCUGAGGCUGCUGCCGGUGGUCAAAGACUCCAAAACUGCUCUGCUGAAUGACUGUAACCUCUCAGAACGGUGCUGUGAAGCGCUGGCCUCAGCUCUCCCCUCCUCAGAGCUUACAGAGCUGGACAUGAGUUACAACGACCUGGGGGAUUCAGGCAUGAAGCUGCUCUCUGCUGGACUGGCGAAUCCACUCUGCAAACUGGAGACACUGAGGCUGUCAGGCUGUCACAUCACAGAGGAAGGCUGUGCUUCUCUGGGCUCCGUGCUGAAGUCAACCUCGUUCCUGAGACAACUAGAUCUAAAUAACAAUGAUCUGAAGGAUGCCGGCAUGAAGCUGCUCUCUGCUGGACUGGGGAACCCACUCUGCAAACUGGAGACACUGAGGCUGUCAGGCUGUCACAUCACAGAGGAAGACUGUGCAUCUCUGGGCUCCGUGCUGAAGUCAACCUCCUUCCUGAGACAACUAGAUCUAAGUAACAAUGAUCUGAAGGAUGCCGGCAUGAAGCUGCUCUCUGCUGGACUGGGGAACCCACUCUGCAAACUGGAGACACUGAGGCUGUCAGGCUGUCACAUCACAGAGGAAGGCUGUGCAUCUCUGGGCUCCGUGCUGAAGUCAACCUCCUUCCUGAGACAACUAGAUCUAAGUAACAAUGAUCUGAAGGAUGCCGGCAUGAAGCUGCUCUCUGCUGGACUGGGGAACCCACUCUGCAAACUGGAGACACUGAGGCUGUCAGUCUGUCACAUCACAGAGGAAGGCUGUGCUUCUCUGGGCUCCGUGCUGAAGUCAACCUCCUUCCUGAGACAACUAGAUCUAAGUAACAAUGAUCUGAAGGAUGCCGGCAUGAAGCUGCUCUCUGCUGGACUGGGGAACCCACUCUGCAAACUGGAGACACUGAGGCUGUCAGGCUGUCACAUCACAGAGGAAGGCUGUGCAUCUCUGGGCUCCGUGCUGAAGUCAACCUCCUUCCUGAGACAACUAGAUCUAAGUAACAAUGAUCUGAAGGAUGCCGGCAUGAAGCUGCUCUCGGCUGGACUGGGGAACCCACUCUGCAAACUGGAGACACUGAGGCUGUCAUGCUGUCUGGUCACAGAGGAAGGCUGUGCUUCUCUGGCCUCAGCUCUGAGGUCCAACCCCUUCCACCUGAGGGAACUGGACCUGAGCUACAAUCAUCCAGGAGAAAAAGGAUUGAAGCUGCUCUCUGCUGGACUGGAGGAUCCACACUGCAGACUGGAGAAACUCAAUGUGGAUCAUGGUGGAGAGUGCAUGGUCAAACCUGGUCUUAGGAAAUAUGCCUGUGAGCUCACACUGGACCCAAACACAGCACACAGAGACCUCUCUCUGUCUGAGGAGAACAGAAAGGUGACAUGGAGGGAAGAGGAGCAGCUGUAUCCUGAUCACCCAGAGAGAUUUGAGAACUAUCCACAGGUGCUGUGUAGAGAGGGUCUGUCUGGGCGCUGUUACUGGGAGGUAGAGUGGAGUGAAGGAGGAGAGGUUUCUAUAGCAGUGACAUAUAAAGGAAUUUUCAGGAGAGGAGUGGGUGAAGACGAUGGGCUUGGAUACAAUAACAAGUCCUGGAGUCUGGAGUGUUAUGAUGACCGUUACUAUGCCUGGCACAAGAAGCGCACUGCCAUACCAACCCCCCCCUCCAGCUCCCACAGAGUAGGAGUGUAUCUGGACUGGCCGGCCGGCACUCUGUCCUUCUACAGAGUCUCCUCUGACACACUGACCCACCUGCACACAUUCUACAGCACAUUCACUGAGCCCCUCUAUCCUGGGUUCUGGAUUGAUUCUGACUCCUCAGUGUCCCUGUGUCAGGUAGAAUAGCCCACACACACUCUCACACACUGUGCUCACAUAGAUGUGAUUGAAGAUUGAACUCCUCUCUACCCACCGCUUCCUCUCUACCCACCGCCUCCUCUCUACCACCGCCUCCUCUCUACCACCGCCUCCUCUCUACCACCGCCUCCUCUCUACCACCGCCUCCUCUCUACCACCACCUCCUCUCUACCACCGCCUCCUCUCUACCACCACCUCCUCUCUACCACCGCCUCCUCUCUACCCACCGCCUCCUCUCUACCCACCGCCUCCUCUCUACCACCACCUCCUCUCUACUGAAGGAUUCUUUAUCUAUGUGUCUAUUCCAAUAUGUAAUGAUGGUAUCCAAUGACACAAAUCUGUGUUCUAGAAAGAGUGGUCUGGAGUCGCAGAGGUCCGAUAAUAUCAGCUUUAAUGCAGCAGUUGGAAAUCAACAAGUACAGAGCUCUGGGGUUGUCUACGUUUCCCUACCCGCAACAGAGUUUGGGCUGGUUCACGAAGUCCAACUGGCUAUCUUUCCCUCCCCAGCAUAUAUUUAUACAGUGCAAUUGAAACACAAGUAUUAAAAAAGGGUUGAGCUUGUUCUCUCGUGCAUCAGGGAGUUGUUCUUGCCUACGCGUCCCACCUGCUCGGGUGCCGUCUCCACCCGGUUUCAAGGUUGUUUCUGAAAAUGAAGAGAUAGAGACACAAAGAACAGCCUGCUUCCCACACCCAGUGUUAGACCAAAUGUUUAAGCCUGAGCACACUUCUAAGUUCUGUCGAACGCCCCUGAAGGAGCAUUCGUUUUGAUGGACUUUGGAGAAACAAUAAAAAAAAAAAAAAAAAAGAAUAAUCCUUAAUCAAGGAGGCUUUAGCUUACCUUUUUAUUUUACUUUUUUACACUUUUGUAUCUGUUCCAAUAAUCUGCCAAUAAAAAUUUGAAAAGACAGUCGUUGCUCUACC